UCUUUCUAUUUGCGGCGUUAUUGGUGUUGGUUGCUGUUUGUGGUUCGUCGUGGAUGAGCAGCAGAAAGUGGAAAAUUAUAAUAAAUCUAAUCGAGAAUUCUGUUUUGAUUCCGAUACAUCGCGAAUUUAAAUAAUUUAACGACUGAACGUGCAACGGUGCUGUGAGGCAAAUUAAUAAUUUCUGCGGCAUACUACUGUUCUUCGGGUGUGUGUGUAUUCAUACACGACAUGUGUGCACAUACAUAUGUCUGCAUAUACAUUUGAAAUUGAAAUUAUGCAAAAUGUGCAUCAUACUGCGAACGCCAGUUAAGGAGCAGUGCUUCAAUUGCUACUUCAAUGGAAAUGUAACUGUUACGUACUGUGUUCGCGAUUUUCCCCGUACUUAUCCUGUGCCUAAACCGUCGAGCGAAACGCAGGCUUAUAGCGCAUCUGGCACAUAACACGGUUCUCAAAAGAAUUUUUUCAAACCUAACAAAUUGUUAAUUUGAUCAAAUUAUCAUAUUUGAUGAGGAUGCUACUGGAUGUAAUUGAAAGCGACCAUAGUUUUCUUCCUAAAUGGACGGUUAAUAAAUAGGAUAUGCAAGAGGAAAGUGGAAUCCCUCCACUGUUAAGUAGUUCCUUCACUUACACGCCUACAGUAGCUCCAUUAGUCUUAAAAAUAGCUCUAAUACAAGCAGCUAGAUCAUUUGCUGACUCUAAGUAUACCAAUAAAGUUCUGCUUUCUUUAAACUUAGCUUUGUUUGAGCAAGCAAUAGUUCAGAAGGCAGUAAAACCUAUUUGCACUGUAAUGGCAUCAGAGGUGGAUGCAAGUUCGGGACCAGAAGAUGGGACGGUACCAACUUUGAUGUCAUUAACACCAUACAUAACUAAUGUAGAACAUGGCAACAAUGAAUCAGGCAAGUAUGUCUCUGGCCUGCCCAAUAAUCGCAAACGACAGAAGCUGUCCGUUCUUGAACACAACAGCAUUCAGAACAAUGAUGUGGACAAUCCAGAAGUCAAGCCCAAUAUGGAUUCGAAAUCAAAAAUGUCGGACACCAAGUCAAAUAAAUAUCCUGAAAUGGAGAAGCAUUUGAAUGACAACAGUAAGAUCGUCAUUGAAGGGACAAUAUCUGUAGGCAACUCAAAAAGAAAAAGUCCAGAAAAAAUAUUGCCAUAUGAUAACGACUGUUAUAUGCCCCCAGAGCAGGCACUGGUCACAAGCGUGGAGUUAGUCGUUCCUGCCCCUCAAACGCCUUCAUCGAACACACCGGGCAGGCAAUCUGAAGAGCCCAAUCUUAGCACUCUAGGCGAAUCCUCGACUACACCGUCUUCGACUAUUGAUAACAAAUUGCAAUACAGUACGGCUGGUCUGUAUAAUUCUACUAGUUCCACAAGUAUAUUAGCAAAUGAUAAAAUCGUUGGUUGUGCAAAUGAUUCUUCCAAUUUGAACUUAAGAAUUCCUACUAAGUUAGUAGUAACGACAGCAACAGGUGAUAUUUUGCUGGAUGAUCGAAGGGCUUCUUUAUGGACGCCUCACCAUGACCAAUCCGACCAAGGGCAACAACGCAUAGCGACAGCAGCGAGUGACACGAAGCAAGAGCCCAUGAAUGUAAGCUCGGAGCUGUCUUACCACCAUCAGAAUCGUCAAUCCGAACUUUUGCUACAAAUCGAGAAAGAAAGCACUGGUUCAUUUUUACAAGCAAGUCCAAUUCCAUUGCAGGAUAACCAUAAUAAUGCAGCUUCGGGCCAGUUUGGCCAAACAGAAGGGACUUCUAAUAUCGACAGUCAGUCGCACAAUAAUUUUUAUGCCCAAAUGAUGCAGCCGCAGCACCUUCUUCAUAAUCAGCAUCAACAAAGCAUGCAUGAACACAGUCCUCGCCAUCAGCAGGCUGCGAGUUAUGCUGGCUAUAUCUCUCAUUAUCAAAAUCCUCCGAUGUUUGGUGCCCAUCAAAGUGAGCAUCAUCAACGUCUUAACCAACAGCAGCAACCUCUUCAGCAUCUAAUGGAUUGCCACGGGCAUUUACAUCAAUCGACUCCUAUUUCCCAACAACAUCAACAUCAUCUGUCACAGCAAAUCCAUCAGCACCAGCAUCAACAGGCUCACCAACGAUUGCCAUUGCGCGAAAACUAUCAUGAUCUUAUUAUGGAUGAUUUCCACGAAGAACCCAGUCAUGCAUUCAAAUUAACCCUCUCUCCAAGCAACACCAAACCUGAAAAUCAAGAUGAUGGUUAUGAGACAAGUGCUGGCGACGUUUUAACACCAAAUUCUCAUAGUUCGUCCACACACUCCAUUACCCCUCAGCAUCAAAUGCAACAUUCGAAUAUCGUGCUCAUGACGCAAAACCAGAAGAAGCCUGAUGAUUUGCAAUUGACAAAAGUUUCACUCUCCGGGGAAGCUCACACUGACCCCAAUGCUUGCUCAUCAAACAGUAGUCAAGGACAGGUUCUGGCCUCCCAGUCUCACCUAGAACUGAGUGAGGGCACUCGAUGCUCAAGUCAUGCCUCUGUUGUCGAUCCCUACAGUUUUAUGGGUGAGGAGUUGCACAUGCAUUCACCAUCACAUCGUCAUUUGGAUGCUGUCACAACUGGGCCAGGGCGGUAUGGGAUUUUAGUGUCAAAUGAUGCUCCCGAAUGUCUAAGCAGAGAAAUGUAUCGACACAGUCAACAAAGUACAACUGUAUUGGAACAAACUGAUAGCUCUCCGUGCGGCAUAAAUUUCAAGCCAAUGCCAAAAAAAAGAGGCCGCAAAAAGAAGCUAGUAGCUGUUAAUGCAGAUUCCUCACAAAUGACAACGCCAGUAGAUCAACAAAAGGUAUCUGGUGGCAGAGCAGAUUGUGAAGAUGGUGGUGGCGAUCAAGCUGCAAAACCCAAGGAACGCAAAAAACAUGACAGAUUUAAUGGAAUGUCCGAGGAGGAAGUGAUUAAACGGACAAUUCCAGAUCAUCUAUGUGAUAACCUUGAUAUCGUUAUAGUCGGGAUAAAUCCUGGGUUAUUUGCAGCAUACAAGGGACACCAUUACGCAGGUCCAGGCAAUCACUUCUGGAAGUGUCUUUACUUAGCGGGGCUUACUCAGGAGCAGAUGAGUGCUGAUGAAGAUCACAUGCUGAUAAAGCAAGGAAUAGGAUUUACCAAUAUGGUUGCUCGAGCCACGAAAGGAUCUGCUGACCUUACAAGAAAGGAAAUAAAAGAGGGCAGCCGAAUUUUGCUUGAAAAACUUCAGAGGUUUCGCCCAAAAGUAGCCGUUUUUAAUGGCAAACUAAUAUUUGAAGUGUUUUCGGGAAAAAAGGAAUUUCACUUUGGUCGCCAACCUGAUCGUGUUGAUGGCACUGACACUUUCAUUUGGGUGAUGCCCUCAUCCUCAGCACGAUGUGCACAGUUGCCGCGCGCCGCUGACAAAGUACCGUUUUAUGCGGCUCUAAAAAAGUUUCGCGACUUUCUGAACGGACAUAUUCCCCAUAUCGAUGAAUCAGAGUGUGUGUUUACGGAUCAAAGGAUCCGUCUAUGUAGCGAACAGCAACAGGUGGAUAUCGUUGGUAAAAUUAAGAAAACACAAACAUCUUCUCUUGGCGAUCAUCCAUCCAGUUUAACAGUAGUAAGUAACUGUAGUGGUCCAAUCGUAGGAGGUGCAGAGUGUGGGAUUGUCGCCGAGGAGUCCGAUCAGGUUCAAUCGGAGAAAAUGAUUCCCGAAAUGGAUCCCACUGCGCCAUCUUCAAGUAAUGCAACUGAUGGGAAAUCGUUUUCCUAUGCGACAGAAAAUACACCCUUACUCCCAGUGUCUAAUCAUAAUCCUUCAAUUAAUGAAAGCAAUUACUUAUCCGUGUUGUGUUCUCAGCAGCCCUUGUCGCAGCAACCACUAGAGAAGAAAAAACGGGGCCGUCCGAAGAAAAUAAAAGGACAAGAUAUUAUUGAUCAUUCCGUCGGUGGAAAAGCUUCUUUGGCCGGACAGCAUAUACCCAGUCAUGAUUUUAAUAAUAUUCUUAACCUUUCGGUGAUGUCUGGCGGUGGCAGCAUUGAAACACCAAAAAAGAAGAGAGGCAGACCAAAGAAACUUAAACCCGCAAUUGACAACAUAAUGACAGUUAAACAACUUCAACACGGUAAUAACAAUUUAAACACAACAGCAGGAUUGUCGGCAAGCUCAAUGCAUCCAAUAUCCAUGGAGCAUAUUGCAGCGUCUCCGCAAAGUAGUCAUCAAAUGCCGCCAAGUUUGUACAAUACCCCCCCACCGUCGCACCUUUUGUACACUGCAUCGGCAUCACCGAUGGCCUCUCCUGCCCUUAACUGCAAUUAUACUCAAGUUCAUGGACACGGAACUCCACCGGUAGGGCAAGUGGCUUCUGUUGCUCAGGGCUCGUCACCUGUCAUCGAUACGCAAAACGACCAUCUUCCUCAACAAAAGCAUGGAAACCUAGACGGUGGACUAGAUAUGCGGGAUCAUCCGCACUUGGGUGAAACACCUCCGCCAAGUUCACCAAAUAUGUGUUCAACAGUCGACUUCGAUCCACCAGACGAACACUCAGGCUCUCAAGUGGGCUCACGGGUGCAAAAUAAAGCCGUGGAAUUGGAUCAUCAACACCCUCAAAUAAUGGAUAAGGUCCAGUAUGAUAGCCCUGUACCUAAUACCGAGGAGAACCCAGCUCAUCCUCACGAACAUUACCAGCAAUGGCUUUCGCCUCAUCCUCACCAAAGUAAUCAACCAGCACAAAAACUGACACAUAGGCAACAACAUCCACCUAUGCACCAUUUCCAUCUGGAGCAGACAGAAAACUGGCAGCGUUACGAAGAACAGAAUUCAAAUCCCUACACGGUGAUCUCUGCUCACCAGCAGCAUUUGAGUCCACGACUUGGAAAUCAAACUCAUCAGAAUUCCUCCCCAUCAGGUCAUAUAUCCUCAGAUGUUGCUCAUAAAAGCUUAUGUGGACUCGAAUCGCUGGUUGAUCAAAUACCAGCAAUCAGAGAACAAGAUUGCAGCAAUAUACCAUUAGCGACAGUAGCGGCAGCUGCGGCUGCUGUGGAAAGUCGUAUCUUGAGCUUGCAGCACCAGCAUCAACAUCCCCUGCAACCACAUCAACAACACCAACAAAAUCAACAGCAGCAACUAAAGCAAUGCAAACAAGAGAACUCGGCGCAGGGAGAAUCUUGUAGACCUACAAGUGAGAAUAGCAAUGUAAGCAAUAGCAAUUUCUCAGUAAGCAGUCUAGCCGCUUCUGCUUCGUCUGCAAGAACUGACAACGUAGCUAUCUAUGGUAAUGGAGAAACAAAGGGCAACAAUGAAAGUAGCCAUAAUAACAAUUGUGACACUAAUAUUGACUAUCCCAUUCAUAAUCAAUCGGGUUAUCAUCAUACACCUCAUUUGAUUGGUAGCGCCCUGGGCACGAAUGUUAAUAAUUCUGAGCCUAAUCUUCACACGAUUUCCCAUCCUCAUCCACCUCACUCACAUCCGCAUUCAAUGUAUGUGGACCAAGCGCACCACAUGGCACAUAUCUCUUCCGUAAAUGUAAAUUCAAUGUACGGCCCUGCAUAUGGAUCCCAUCCACAGCAUACUACAGGAGAAUACGCAGGAACACAUGGUCACUAUAGUCUUGGCGGUAGCGUUCAGACUACUGGGCCAACAAGCUCUGCAACUUUACAUGUUCCGAGUCCAAAUUAUCCAUUUGGACACCACCCAUAUGGUCAUACGCCACCCCAAGCAAACUACCCAAGCUAUACUCAUCCACAUACUCACCAUCAUCAUAGCCAUCCCUCACACCAUUUAACCGUGUUUGAUCACUUAAAGCCGUCCGACAUAAGUGGAUACGGCGGUUUUUGAUUAAAAAAAUAGGAAUAUGGAUCUGCAACCGAUUUAAUCGCAACUACCCGAAUACAGCGACUUGAUGUAAAUGUAAAUCUUUUACGAUUUUGCGUCCCGCCGCAUCAGCAAUAUUUAUCAAUCUCCGGCAUUGCCGAUUUUACUUUAAGGAAUUUUUAGAUCUUAUAUACAAUAAGAUAACCAAAGACUCCGCCUAAUCUAAUUAUUCUAGCUUUACUUUCUAAAAUUACAAAAUACUACAUAUGAUAAUGUUCACUUAAAUUAUAUACGUAACAUACAGAAAAAUACGAUCCCGAAACAAUUGUUUGUACUUAAUAUGAAUUAUUUAAGCAUACUUUAUUUUACUCACACACAAAUAUUGCUAAACUUACUAGUAUAUAAUAAAGUUUUAAAACCAAAUACAAAACAAAGUCAUACUUAAAUCUGCAUCCCACAAAAAUUAUAUUUUACAGUUGCCAAUCCAGUUCAUGAAGUUCAUGAAUAUAAUCUAAGAGCUGUUUCCACCAAAAAUAUGAUAUAUUUUUUAUUGUUUUCAUCUAAAAGUGCUUUGCUGCGGACAUAACAUGAGAAUGUGUUGUGAGUGAGUGUUCAUAGAACAGAUACUAAAAUGACAAUGUUAUUUCGUGUACUAACAUACAUUUUUUGGGUAAUAUCUCCUUAAAAAAUUGGUAAAAUUAAUUUGAAACGCUCUUUCAAAAGCCCACAUGUCAAAAAUUUAAAAACAACCAAGAAUCUGUUGAGCGAUAAUUGCCAUUUAAAAAUGACUAAAUUUUUAAUUUGUUUGACCACAUUUGGAAUUAAAUUCGUUCAUCGCAAUCAAUUAGCUUUUGGGUCCCAUAAUUUUAUUUCACAAAUGUAUCAUUUUAUACUACAGUGUAACUAUGCAGACACACAGAUGGCAAUUCUCAUUAUAACUAACAAUUCAAAGUAAUUUCCAACAUAAAAUGUUGCGUAUUUUAUAUUUGUACGCAUAAUGAGACUUGUAUAUAUAUUUUAAUACCCGUAACUCCUAGAGUAAAUUGGUAUACGUUGAAAAGUAUGUAACCGGCAGAAGAAAGCGUUUCCGACCAAAUAAAGUAUCAGGAUAUUGAUCCAAUACCCAAGUUGAUCUGGCCAUGUCCAUGUGUAUGAACGUCGAGAUCUCAGGAAUUAUAGAAGCUAGAAGGUUGAGAUUAAGCAUAAAGAUUCUAGAGAUAUACGUCCACAAACCCCCAAAACUGCCACGCCCACAUUUUUGAGUCAUUUGUUGUUCUAUCGAUAUGCCGAAAAUGUUUUGUCCACGCCCACUAUGACCCUUAAUUAUCCAAUUUCUACCGAUAUUCCUGAAAAAUGUUGAAAUUUCUCGGUCCCACUUGAACUAGCUGAGUAACGGGUAUCUGAUAGUCGGGAAACUCGACUAUAGCGUUCUGUCUUGUUUACUAUUGUCAUUAUUUCUUUUAACAUGCCAAUGGUUUUGUUCGUAUUUUGAAGUUGCGGUUUUUAUAGAGCAAGAUACAAAUUACCACACAAUUUCAAAUGCGCUUAGGGUGAGUGUGAGUGUAAUUUUUCUAAAUGUGAACAAUUCGUUUUUGAACAUUUCUUUCCAAUAGAAUGUACAAUUAUUUUGAAUUAACCAGAGAACCAAUUAAGUCUUUGGACAUGUGUCGUAUCGGUGUUGUAAUUAAAAAACUCCCUUCGAGAUAGUUUUUAAGCAUAUUAUAUUAAGAAAAUUUAAUGUACAUAUUUACAUUAUAAUGUCUGCGUAGAUUUAAUUUUGCUCUGUUACUGUACUACAUCUUCGAAAGUAAAUGCAUUCUCGGGAAUUUUGGGAAUUUUCGGAAAAUUACGAUACUUUUUAAAAUUAUAGAACAAAUUAUUUUAUUAUACUCACACAAUUUUUAAGUUUUGCACAUAUUUAUUUAAACAAAAUUAAACUAUUAAAAAAAAACAAGUCAUAAGAUCAAUUAAUAAACGAAAAUGCUUUACAAAUUGAACUAA